AUGUAUUUUGAGGUGCACAGCCAGCAGUUCAGUAAUGCGGCACCCAACAUAUACUCGCCUUUCAGCCCACCACGUGCUAAAACACAAAAGAAAGAGUCUGCUGACGGUGGUCAGAGAUUCACAAACUUUUCCCCGUCAACAAGGAUUCCGCAGAAUGAAGUCAACUCCGUAUCACACGAACCAAUCAAGAAUUUUAAGGACAGCCCACAAGAUUUCCCUUCAGAGGCAAACAUCAACAACUUUCCGAUUCCUACUGGAAGCCAGUUUUCCGAGCCACUCCUUCCCAACGAUUCAGGCUCUCUCAUCCCUUUUGGGUUUGGCGAUGAUUUCUUCAUUACUGGCGACGUAUCUGGAACUGCAGGCUUAGCUGGAACAGUCGGCAUAUCUGGUACCAGUGAUAUAUCUGGUACCGGUGGCAUAAGUAAUAUCAGGGACAUAACUGGUAGUGGAGGCAUAUCUGGUACCAGGUUCGUAUCUGGUACUGGAGGCAUAUCUGAUACCAGAGAUGUAUUUGGUAAUGGGGACCUAUCUGGUACAGCAGGCAAAUUUGCUGAUGGUGCAAGUGAUGUAACUGAUAACCUGCGUAGUAGUGGCAUAUCUGGAGCAAAAGGUACAUCUGAUUUUGGGGGAACAUCUGGAGCAGUAGAUAUAACUGAAAUAAGAGAUGAAAAUGAAUCAAGUGCAGAACAGUUUUCUUUUGUGAAUCCGCAGCCAAUAAAACCAGAGCCAACAGCAUCUACAACAUCACAUCCAACAACACCUCAAGAGAAACAGAAUCCAAUCAGCUACCAGAUUCAGUCAUGGCGACUACCUUCACCACAGCCAGCGACAACCCAACUGCCACCAGUGGUAAAAACAGAAAUUGUCCAACUGAAACCUUUUCAGCCGCAAACAACUAUAUCUCUAACUACCGAAGCAGAUUAUGCACCCUCGCAAACUCCUGUAGCAGUUCAGCAAAAUCAAAUUCCAGAACAACAGUUUUCAAAUCCUGUGAAUCCUUCACCGUGGCCAACAACACCCCAUCAGGAACAGAAUCCAACACCUGCUCCUCCUCACUGGCUAAAUGAUGGGACGUCUGUCUCUAGAUUCGAGACAACCACGUCACACCAAUCCCCUCAGACACCUUCCGAGACCCCUCAGAUAACUGAGAAUCCUUGGCCAAACUCGGGGCAGCACCAGAACUCGCAGCCCGUCCAAGGCAAUUUACUGGAGGACUCGCAUGUGGAGAAGAGAGAAAAUAAGGUCCCCCCUUCAACCAGCACCUUCGACCCCCUGCCAGCAUUCAGCGCAGAGGACCUGGGACCUUCGGGAUCCACUUCGCUUGGCUUCUUCCCGUAUGAGAAUUCUGAUGACUUCUUUAACGAGGUCUUCAAGAAUUCAAAUCCAUUUGGAGCGAAGAUCGUCACUGAUGUUACGCCAUCUUCAAACAGAAUCUCAACUCUGGGAACAUUCCAAGAAUCGCAAGUUCAAACAUCACGUACAGGUCUAUCUCCCCAGCUCUCUACGGUCAGUAAAUCAGCCUCUACUCCAUUAUUCAAGAGACUCCCAUCAACAAACUCCCCAGCAAGGACUCAGACUUAUCAAAUAUCCAUACGACCAUCAAUCAACAGUCCAGUCAACACCCCACACUCAGCAGCCACAUCCUUUUCGCACCAGCAGUUCACGCGGCAGAAUUUCGUGUCUCCGAGUACCUCCUCCUCUCAGUCAGGCACGAACGACCCUUUUACCGCCUUGCUCUCCAACCACCAGCUCUCCUCAACUCCCGAAGACAAAUUCGUGCCAGUGAGGUCCCUUUCCAACGCCGCCCAGCCGUCCUUCAGCGGAUCCUCGACCGGAGUACCCACGCCCUUCCCUUCAUCCUUCCAGUCAGCAAGAGAAGGAUCGGGGGGACCGAGCUCAAACUAUCAGGGAGUGUCGAACCUCCUCGCCAACGACGUCCAGAGACACAUCGUUCCUUCGAGUCGAGGGCCGUCGACGACCAACAGCGCCCACCAGCCAAGGACCUUGAUGAGAACAAGCGACCCCAUCAGUAUAAGAGGGUCUACUGAGAGCUCCUUAUCCUCCACGCCCACGCCGAUUCCCGAGCCGCUGGACUCCUUUCCUUCGCCUGACAUGUCUAAAUCCACUGACUUCACUUCCCUGCCCACAGCACCGAUAGAGGACAACGCACCCUCAACCUCAACGACCACCACCACAACAAUCAUCUCUCACCCUGACACCACCGAAGGGAAAGUUGAGGUCCUUGUACUGCCUUACAAGAAAGUGGAAGAGAAACUUCUAGAAAACACGUCUCCAAGCUCUAGAAAUUCCGACCGUCCGAAUUCCAUUAACUUUGGCGUUCCGUUGAAGCCCGUGGAGGAGGAGGUUUCAGUAUACCUCGUGAGACAGGAACGCCCAACGCCACCCAGGGGCUUCCCUUCGCCCACGCCGCCCACGCCGCCCACGACCCAGAGGAGUAGGAGGACGAGACCGAGGAUUAACGGUGAAAUCCUGCAGUCCAAUGAGGCGUCUGUGGCUUUGGCGUAUUGUUUAUCAUUGCUGAUAUUGCCAUAA